AUGCGGAGAGUCUCGUGGCGCCAGGGGGCGCGAGCGCGAGUCCUAGCCGGAUGGCGUCGCCGGACUAGGAAGCAAAGGUGGUCGGCCUGCGAGGAGGAGCGGCUGGGGGUCCGGGAGCUCGCGAGGAGAGCAGGGCUCAGCGGCCGGGGGCCGGCGGGGGCCUGGUGUUCAGAGAGGAAAGACCGGAGGCGGAGACCAAGGGGCAGCCCGCAGUUCUGCCUCCUGGGGGCACUGCUGGCCCCCAUCCGAGUGCUUCUGGCCUUUAUCGUGCUCUUUCUCCUCUGGCCCUUUGCCUGGCUGCAAGUAGCUGGUCUUACUGAGGAGCAGCUUCAGGAACCACUUACAGGAUGGAGGAAGACUGUGUGCCACAACGGGGUGCUGGGCCUGAGCCGCCUCCUCUUUUUCCUGCUGGGCUUCCUCCGGAUUCGUGUUCGAGGGCAGCGGGCCUCUCGCCUUCAAGCUCCUGUCCUUGUUGCGGCCCCCCACUCCACCUUCUUUGACCCAAUUGUCCUGCUGCCCUGUGACCUGCCCAAGGUUGUGUCCCGAGCCGAGAACCUUUCUGUGCCUGUUAUUGGAGCCCUUCUGCGAUUUAACCAAGCCAUCCUAGUGUCCCGGCAUGACCCGGCUUCUCGCCGCAGAGUGGUGGAGGAGGUCCGAAGGCGGGCCACUUCCAGAGGCAAGUGGCCCCAGGUGCUAUUCUUUCCUGAGGGCACCUGCUCCAACAAGAAGGCAUUGCUUAAGUUCAAACCAGGAGCCUUCAUCGCAGGGGUGCCUGUGCAGCCUGUCCUCAUCCGCUACCCCAACAGUCUGGACACCACCAGCUGGGCAUGGAGGGGCCCUGGAGGACUCAAAGUCCUCUGGCUCACAGCCUCUCAGCCCUGCAGCAUUGUGGACGUGGAGUUUCUCCCUGUGUAUCACCCCAGCCCGGAGGAGAGCAGGGACCCCACCCUCUAUGCCAACAAUGUCCAGAGGGUCAUGGCACAGGCGCUGGGCAUUCCAGCCACCGAAUGUGAGUUUGUAGGGAGCUUGCCGGUGAUUGUGGUGGGCCGGCUGAAGGUGGCGCUGGAGCCGCAGCUCUGGGAACUGGGAAAGGUGCUUCGGAAGGCUGGGCUGUCCCCUGGCUGUGUUGAUGCUGGGGCAGAGCCAGGCCGGAGUCGAAUGAUCAGCCAGGAGGAGUUUGCCAGACAGCUGCGGCUCUCCGAUCCUCAGACAGUAGCUGGUGCCUUUAGCUACUUCCAGCAGGAUGCCAGGGGUUUGGUGGACUUCCGAGAUGUGGCGCUUGCACUAGCAGCUCUGGACGGGGGCAGGAACCUAGAGGAGCUGACUUGCCUGGCUUUUGAGCUUUUUGCUGAAGAACAAGCAGAGGGGUCCGGCCGCCUGCUGUACAAAGACGGCUUCAGCACCAUCCUGCACCUGCUGCUGGGAUCACCCCACCCUGCCACUGCGACUUUGCAUGCUGAGCUGUGCCAGGCAGGACCCAGCCAAGGCCUCUCCCUCUGUCAGUUCCAGAAUUUCUCCCUCCAUGACCCGCUCUAUGGGAAGCUCUUCAGCACCUAUCUGCGCCCCCCACACACCCUUCGAGGCACCUCCGGGAUACCAAAUCCCUCAACUGCAGACAGCCCCAUGGCCAAUGGGAUUGUGCAGGCGCCUAAGCAGAAGGGCGACUGAGCACCUCUCCUCCCUCUCCUCCCGCCUCAGCUCGAAUCCAGCCCCACCGACUCAGGGCAGUGCCCAGGGCCUAUCCUAUGCCUCAGUCCCCUCUCUGCUCUUGUUUGAUUUUUGUUACUGUUGUUCGUUUUUUUAAGUUUGGUUUUAAUUUUUUGUUU